GUCCUGCACUGCAGUGGUCAUCUCAAGGUCAGAUUGGUGUACACGGACGGAUUUCCCCAUCUGCAGAAUAUGGGCCUAGUUGCUGCCGCGUACGCCCUGCCCACACCAAACACAAAUACCACCGAGGUGCGUCUAUCCAGAGACAUGUUCAUGUUUCGCGCCAGUCUCGACCUAAAACUGAUUUUCCUCGAAGGAAGUUCUUAUGCCUAA